AUGAGAAGCCCAGAACUGCAGCGACGUAGAGGUGAAGAGAACGACAUACAGUCUCUGAGUCAGAGGGAUGUUUUAGAAGAAGAAUCACUGAGGGAAAUCAGAGGUAUAGGAGGAGCCCUCCUAAGUGCUGGUAAAUCAGCUUUAAAAGGCUUGGCUAAGGGAUUGGCUGAGCAUUUUGGGAAGAGAACAGCUGAAGAUCAUGAAAUGAUGAAAAGACUGGAAGCCGCAAUACAGUCUCUGAGUCAGAGGGAUGUUUUAGAAGAAGAAUCACUGAGGGAAAUCAGAGGUAUAGGAGGAGCCCUCCUAAGUGCUGGUAAAUCAGCUUUAAAAGGCUUGGCUAAAGGAUUGGCUGAGCAUUUUGGGAAGAGAACAGCUGAAGAACAUGAAGUGAUGAAAAGACUGGAAGCCGUAAUGCGUGAUCUAGAUUCCUUGGAUCAUCCAGAGGAAGCUUCUGAAAAGGAAACCAGAGGCUUCAAUCAAGAGGAAAAAGAGAAACGCAUUAUAGGGCCAGUAUUAGGUUUGGUUGGUAGUGCACUUGGAGGUUUACUUAAAAAGAUUGGAUAAUUAAAGCCAGUAAAACUUUGCUUUCAUGAAUAUUUGUAAAAUGAUGCUAAUCAUUGUAAAUAAAGCACAAAAAACUAUUUAAACAAA